AUGGCGCUGCCGAAGCGGAUUAUCAAGGAGACUGAACGCCUCAUGGCGGAGCCGUACGACUACCCUCAUGUCCCUCUCACUGUCUUUGGUGCAUCCUCUGACUCCUUGUCACUUUGUAUAUCUAGGGUCUCCGGUAUCAACGCUGUUCCUCACGAAGAUAACUUGCGAUACUUCGAUGUCUCCAUCCACGGCCCCGCCCAAUCUCCGUAUGAGGGUGGCAUUUUCCGACUUGAGCUCUUCUUGCCCGAUGACUAUCCCAUGACUCCCCCUAAGAUUCGCUUCCUCACCAAGAUCUACCACCCUAACAUCGAUCGUCUGGGCCGCAUCUGCUUGGAUGUCUUGAAGAACAACUGGUCGCCCGCUCUCCAGAUCCGCACCAUUCUCCUCUCGAUCCAGGCCCUCCUCGGUGCUCCCAAUCCCGAUGACCCCCUCGCCAACGAUGUUGCCCAGCGAUGGAAGGAUGACGAACCCGCCGCCAUCCAAACGGCGAAGGAGUGGACUCGCACUCAUGCGAUGACCUGA